UCUAAUUUUUUUGGUAAUGUUUCUCCUAAGCCAAUCAAUGACCAUGCUCUUGAUUUCUUUACUAAUUUUGUGAUCUUAUACAUACAAUUAUAAUUGAUAUCCUAGUUCUCAAUCUACUAUUAUAAAGCACUGUUACUCAGUUAGAACAACCAAAGUAAGUGGUGGAGUUAGGAAUAAUGGCUUCUUCAACAUUAUUUUUAGUGAUUUUUUCUGCGAUUUUGUUUGGAUUAUGCGGCACAACAUUCUCUAACCAACAAGAAGUAAAGAAGACUAUCCAGACAAAACAUGGGGUGUAUGAUUGUGUAGAUUUUUACAAACAACCGGCGUUUAGUCAUCCAUUGCUCAAGAAUCAUGCAUAUAAGUUGCAAAACUUGGAAGAACUUCAAGAACAAAAAAGUGAUGGCAUUGAACUUAAAGAUGGUGGUUGCCCUUUAAAAACUGUUCCCAUCUUAAGAUCUAAUCCAAAUUCCAACGUCUUCAAAAUUCAGCGUGGUAUUCCUGAUACACAUUGUGUUGCUUUAGUUCAUACAAAUAACCCUGAAGAGCGGAAAUUUUUGGGAGUUGCUGGUGAACUCGAAAAUUAUAAACCUAUAGUGUACCCUAAUCAAUGGUCUUCAACACGAAUCAAGAUUUUAAAUCAGAAUGAUAAUAUUGAAGUCGGAUGGAUGGUAAAUCCUGAUGUAUUCCAGGAUAAUGAAGCACAUUUGUAUGCAAGUUUUGUGGCACUCGCUAGACAAGAAGGAUGUAUAAAUCUUCUAUGUCCAGGCUUUGUUCAAGUGGCUAAAGACGUGCCUUUGGGCAUAUCCCCAGCUAACUACUCCGAAUAUGGAGGAACACAAUAUGGUUGGCACUUAUCAAUUGACAAGCAUGAAGAUGACAAACAUUAUUGGGUAUCAAUAAUUACUGAUAUAAAAAAAGUAAUUGGAUAUUAUCCAAAAGAAUUAUUUUCUUUUCCGGAUUAUUUUAGCCAAGUAGAAUGGGGAGGUGAAAUUUCAAAUCCCAAACAAAGUUUUCCACCACCUGAGAUGGGCAAUGGGAAGAAGGCACUCUACAACCCUUUCUAUACAGCAUCCAUUAUGCAUGCUUCUUAUGUCGACUGGAAUUAUACGAAUGUGUUAAAUCCCGAAGACACUCAUAAAGUUUGGGAUUGUGAAGCAUCGUAUACUGUUAAAGAUGCUGGUUGGAAAACUGAAGAAUUUGGUCGUCUCAUGUUGUAUGGAGGUUUUAAUGAGAGGUAAGCAGGGCGGAUAUGGAGAAUCGAUCGGUCUCAAGAACCUCUGCAACCGGAAAGGAAGCUCUAACCAAUUGAGCUAUCUCUUACUCUCAUCAAAGUUGUUAAAUUAAUUAAUGUAACCAUGAUUAUUGAUUGUAGAGUUGGUGUUGCUAAUGCUUUUAAAAGCAAUACACCAAAUAUUUAGUACAACAUUAAUGAAUUAUGUGUUAACAUAUCAAUCAAUUCAAUAAAGUUAAUUAAAAGUACGUUCCGCCUCCGUAUUUAUUACCUUUUCUACUUUUAUUUUGCGGCCAUAUUUUAUUACUUGUUUCAUUUUUUUUAACUCACAAUAUUUUACUUCGUCGAUUUCGCAAUAGUCGUAAUCAUAAGGAGUGGACAUAGUUUCAUAGUUUAAGAAAGAUAUAGAGUUUCUAUCAAAAAAGAAAGAUAUAGAGUAAAUAAGUUUGUAUGCUUUAAUAAAAAAAAAAAAAGUAUAAUCAGUAUGGGAGAAUAAUAAUAAAGUAGUGUAAGUAGGAUUGGUAAAAAAGAUAAAUAAUAAAAUACUAGUUCUUUGCCCGAGAAAUGCUCGGAUAUUUAGAGGGGAAAAAAUUAU